AUGCCCUUAUCCAGCACCUCUAUUAUGAGAAUAAAUUCAAUGAUGAAAAGAGGGCUGGCAACUGCAACAGCAAAGGCCACUUCCACUUCACCUAAGAUCAAAGUUGGAAUACUUCUGUCAAGAAUCCCUAUAAUAAAAUCAGAAUUAAAUGACCUAGAAAAGCAUUAUUACGAGUACCAGUCAAAACUAGAAAAGAGAUUAAUGUGGACAUUUCCAGCAUAUUUUUAUUUUAAGAAGGGUACCGUGGCGGAACAUAAAUUCUUAUCGCAACAGAAGGGGCCCAUUUCCAAGAAAAAUGGUAUAUGGUUUCCUAAAGGUAUACCGGAUAUCAAACAUGGUAGAGAAAGAAGUACCAAGCAAGAAAUUAAGUUAUCUAACGAUAACACGGCAACAUCCCCCACCAAAGAUAAAGAGCAUGGCAGAGACGAUGUUAACAGACCCGUAGCCCCCAACGAUAGAAUAACAGAAGCUGACAGAUCAAAUGAUACCAAAAGCCUGGAAAGACAAUUAAGUAGAACCUUAUAUCUGUUGCUAAAAGAUAAAAGUGGUAUUUGGAAAUUUCCUAACUUUGACCUUUCUGAUGAAUUGAAACCCUUACACGUACAUGCAGAGGAUGAAUUGAGAUUGCUGGGCGGUGAUCAGAUGCAUACUUGGUCUGUGUCUGCCACCCCCAUUGGUGUGUUGCAGAAUGAAGAGAACGCUACAGCAGAAUUUAUUGUGAAGUCUCACAUUCUGGCGGGGAAGUUUGAAUUGAUGGCACAGAAAAAUGAUACUUUUAAGGAUUAUGCUUGGUUGACAAAAGAUGAGAUUAAUGAAUAUGUACCCAAAGAAUACUUUCGCAGCACCGAAUUCCUUUUAGCGGAUAAUUGA